AAAAGUGAUUGUAGAGUAUUAAAACGGUGUAUUUCGUAAAAAAAACAAGUUUUCCACGGUAAUAACUCAAAACUCAAUUCACCCACCGGAAUCAACGUCAAUCACAACUCUACUAUCAGCACUGUAUCUGGCGAUAAAAUUUUCGAAUUCAGGAGUUGUUCUGUAACUGAAUAAAAAUGGCAGAUGGUAGCUUGACUUCUCAAAAAAGGGAUCCUAUCAAAUCUUCAGUUGGGAAUUUGGCGUCGCAACGCAGACGGCAGAAUGCGGUUGCUGUUGCUAAAGAGAGGAGAGAUAUGCUUGUUAGAACUAAGCGGCUUUGUAGGGUCGGAGUUGGUGGUGGUGAUGAUGAUGGUGAGCCUGAUAAUGAUAUGAUGCUUGAUGAGGAGCAGUCAAUUCUGGAUGCUCAGACUUCUUCAGCUGUUGAUGAAUUGAAAGCAUCUGUUGCAUAUCAGGGAAAGGGUGCACAGAUGAAGAGGAUCAGUGCCCUACGUGAGCUAAGACGUUUGUUAUCUAGAUCUGAGUUACCCCCGGUUGAUGUUGCACUUAAAGCUGGAGCAAUUCCUGUUCUUGUGCAGUGCCUUUCAUUUGGUUCUCCAGAUGAGCAGUUACUGGAGGCAGCUUGGUGUCUUACAAACAUUGCUGCUGGACAACCAGAAGAGACAAAGUCAUUGCUCCCUGCAUUGCCUUUGCUUAUUGCACAUAUUGGAGAGAAGAGUUCCUUGGCAGUAGCUGAACAGUGUGCAUGGGCAAUAGGUAAUGUGGCUGGUGAAGGAGAGGACCUUAGAAAUAUUUUGCUGUCGCAAGGGGUAUUGUUACCUCUUGCCAAAAUGUUACUUCCGGACAAGGGAUCAACUGUGAGGACGGCAGCUUGGGCCCUGUCGAAUCUUAUCAAGGGUCCAAAUCCCAGAGCUGUAACUGAACUCAUCAAGAUAAAUGGUGUACUUGAUGCAAUUAUGCGGCAUUUAAGAAAAUCAGAGGAGGAACUGGUGACUGAAGUUGCUUGGGUGGUUGUGUAUCUUACGGCCCUUUCAAACAUUGCUACAAAUACGAUGGUUAAGAGCGAUCUUGUUCAUCUUCUUGUGGAAAGAUUGACAAUAUCUAACAGUGUGCAAUUGCUAAUACCAGUGUUGAGAAGUUUGGGUAAUCUUGUUGCUGGUGAUGCAACUUUAUCUUCUACAGUUCUUAUUGCUGGAAGUGAAGUUACAGAAAAACUAGUAGCUGCUCUAGUAAAAUGCCUAGGGAGUGAACACCGUGUACUUAAAAAGGAGGCUGCUUGGGUGUUGUCUAAUAUUGCUGCAGGCUCCAUUGAACACAAGAGAUUAGUAUAUGUCAGUGAAGCAGUACCACUGUUAGUGCGACUUCUUUCUACAGCACCAUUUGAUGUAAGGAAAGAAGUAGCCUAUGUCCUUGGUAACAUCUGUGUGGCCCCAGCAGAUGCUUCUGGAAAGUCAAAUUUGAUUGUAGAACACCUGGUUUCAUUGGUUAGCAGAGGAUGUCUUCCUGGUUUCAUUGAGCUUGUCCGGUCUGCUGAUUUAGAGGCUGCGAGAUUGGGUCUGCAAUUUCUGGAGCUGGUGCUUAGAGGAAUGCCUAACGGUGAGGGACCGAAGCUUGUAGAAAAAGAGGAUGGCAUCGAAGCUAUGGAACGAUUUCAAUUUCAUGAUAAUGAAGACCUUAGAAAUAUUGCAAAUGGAUUGGUCGACACAUAUUUUGGCGAGGACUAUGGGCUUGAUGAAGCAUGAAGUAAGGAUCCAAGAAAUAUGGUCUGUUUCUUCGUUAACUUUCAACAUUCAUUUCUUGUUUUUGACAUUGAAUUUCAUGUGGGAAAAAUCUAUUUCGAGCAACGGAGGGGCCGAUCUUUAGACCUGUUUAUGGCACUACAUAGCUCAUAUAUUUUCUCUUCUCAUAUUAGUCUUGUGUGUUGAAUGUUGUAGCCGGUUUUAAUCUUUUGAGAUUAAGGUUUUUGCAAAUGUUGUUUGCUGUGUACUCGAUGUUGGCAUGAUAGCGGAAAAGGCAAAGAAUACUCGUCAAACGAAUGCGAGCACAGGCAAAGAGGAAGUAUACUCCUGAAAUCCCAAUUUAUUUGAUCAAAACGAAACAAGUGAAUCAAAUUCGAUGAGGACACAAACCAAGCUCAACCAAAUGUAGCAAUUUAGCUGGUCUAAUGAGUAAUGAGACAAGCAAUUAAAUUAGCAAGGUAUAGUAGGGUAAGGUAGGUGUUGGAUAAAUUAAAAUGACUAAUUGAUUGAUUCCUACUCUUGUGCUUUAAUAAAACAGGUAGAAGAGGAAUGUACUUCUUAAUUCCACUUAUUUAAAAUUCUUACAUCAUAUUUUGAAUGAUUUAAAGUAUUUAAACUUAAAGGGAUAGAUGAGUAUUUAUUUAUUUAGGUACAUGACAAUGGUUUUUUUUAUUAGUGGGUCAUUACAAUGUUA